AUGUCCAAUCCUGGAAGGACCAUUCACAUCCUGGGGCUCGGCAGCAUUGGGUCUCUAAUCGCUCACUGCCUACGGAGUCUUCCCAGCCCUCCACCCGUGACCCUUCUCAUCCAUCGCAAGAGCCUCUACGAUGAGCUUGCCAAGAAAGACUGGACCCUUGGCUUACGGGUCGGUGAAGAUGGUCCCCUGCAAGAGCGUACAGGCUUUGGUGCGGAAUUCCUGCAUUCGUCGAAUUCCCACGAACCAAUUCGAAAUCUCAUUGUGGCGGUCAAAGCGUCCGCGACGGUCUCUGCUCUGAAGCCGAUCCAGCACAGACUGGGCCCCCAUUCAAAUGUAUGCUUGUUUCAGAAUGGAAUGGGUCAAAUUGAAGACUUGAAUGCGCAUGUUUUCACGGACCGAUCGAAUCGGCCGACGUAUAUGUUUGGGAUUAUGCGACAUGGGGUUUAUCUGCGAUCGCCCACGGAGGCGAUCUUAUCCGGGCUGAACGGCAGCGCAUCAAUUGGAGUGGUCAAUGAGGUCGGACGUUCUCACCAUCUGGAAGGGCAGGGUGAGAGCCAAGACCAGAGACAGGGCGGCGGCCCUCAUGAUCUACUUGACAUUCUUCUACACUCUCCUAUUCUGCGCUGUGAACAGCUCGAAUGGAAAGAGCUUUAUGAGAAUCAACUCUUUAAAUUGGCCGCCAACUGUGUACUCAAUCCGCUCACGGCUAUCUUGGAUAUUCGCAACGGAGCCGUCAAGGAGAAUCCGGACCUACAGCCCUUGAUUCAGCGCGUGCUGGAGGAAGUAUCGUUAGUGUUUCAAAAGCUCGCAUUUCUCCGUGACCAACCUGUUGACCAGAGGGAUCGGUUCUCGGUCCCGGCAUUGGAAAAAUUGGUGAUGGAUACGAUUGACAAGACGGCUGGCAAUUCGAGCAGUAUGCGGGAGGAUUUACGAAAAGGUCGGAUGACGGAAAUUGAAUAUAUCAAUGGGUGGAUUAUCACCUCGGGGUGUCGCUCCAGUGAGGUUCUGGAUGAUCAGAAUGUUCCAAAUCGCCUCCUGAGAACCAAACUCGGCACUGGAACUUGCCAGGUACAAGCGGAUGCCCUCUGGUCGCGCGUGGCUGCUGUUGUGGAUCAACGUGAGCGACCGGUGGCUGACGAUCGAAGGGACUCGAGUCGUACUAAGGCGUGCGGGGGGAACUCCAAUCUUAGCGUGGGGGGAGAUCCAACUUCCAACGGCGCACUAGCUUGUGAACAAGUCAACCUUUACAUCAACCUCAUCACCUGUCCUCGAUUCAAUCCGAUCGCCUCUUCGACAGCCCUCUCGCCCGCUCACACAUCUCCAAAUUAUCCGGACUCUCCUCCAUCGCUCAAGAUGUCGAUCCCCAAGACUGCCGUCAAGUCGCCCAAUGCGCCUGCACCCCCGCCUUUCCUAUCCCAGGCCAUUGUGAUGGGCGACUACGUCUUCUGCUCCGGUCAAAUCGGCAGCCACCCUGAGACCGGGGCGCUAGUUCAAGGCUCAAUUCAAGAUCGAACGAGACAAAUCAUGUCCAACUUGAGCGCGGUGCUUGAAUCCGCAGGGACCAGCCUUGAAAAUGUGGUCAAGUGCAACAUUUUCCUCACGAGCAUGAGUGAUUUUGGUGCCGUUAAUGAGGUGUAUACUUCCUUUUUCAAUGCUCCAAUGCCGGCCCGCACUUGCGUCUGUGUCAAGGAAUUACCGUUGGGCACGGAUGUUGAAAUUGAAUGUAUUGCUGGGGUGCGCAAUACGCCUAGCCAAAAGCUUUGA